ACCGCUCUUGGGAAGCGCGUACAUGCCCAUCGACCCUAACGAUCCCGGACCGGGUCUUGCUCCGGUCCGGGCCAGCCGGUGUCGGCGGUCGGGCGGACAAAGUCGCGCAGCGUGUGACGAGUUGAGACUCCAACCCGAAGUCUUCGGAUCCGGGUCGUUCUCGUAAAGAUUCUUGUAAACGUGUUUUUAAACGUGACGCCGUGACCCCAGGUUGUGCAGCGGCCGAGGAGGAACGACGGCGCCUGAAGGCGGCAUCGGGAAAUAGGCGCUGCCGGGCAGAUCCUGGACCCUGGACCCUGGACUCUUUAAUGUCGCCACCAAACUUAGUUUCAGCCUCCUGUGCCAAAAAAGCAAAACAAAAAACCGCUGAGCCUGGGAUGGGUGAAGUGCAGGAAUGGGUGUGGUUCAAUUUUGCGUAUGUGGAGGGAAAACGAAAGCAAAAACACCAGUGUGUCCACGGUGGAGGUGGCCGUUGCGUUGUUACCAGCACGUCAAGUCCAGUUUUUGUUUUGUCUCUCAGUUUUAGUUUUUGUUUCUUAAUGUUUUUCUGCUUUUUUUAACAUCGGUGCGAGCAGGACGUCCCAGUGAGCAACCGAGCGCCGAGGGGAGGAAAAAUGUCCGCACAGAGAAAGGAACUGCAGGAGGCUUUGUGCCGCUACAUCAGAGAUACCCUCACCUACAUCGACACAGUGAGAGGCUUCUGUGAGAAUAACUCAAAAUGGGGGCUCAGGAGGGAGACGGAGAGGUUGAACAUGAUGGACAUCAAAGCGAGGGCUGACAAAACCCACCUGACGAUCAGCCACGUCACCCAGUCCGAGAACAGUGGUAAGGCCUUGUGGGAAUAUCUGAGAAACAUAGUGACCAAAGACAGGACGUGUGCAGAGCUGGGGAAGGAGCUGGACGCUGUGUUGAAGGACACUCUGGAAGGCCUGGAGAAGCUCGACUGCUUCCUGGAUGCGGUGGAGAAGCUGGCAGUCACCUCACCUCAAGUGUUCACGGAGAACCGCUUUUUACGUCUGCCCGAGGGGAUCAGCCUGGAGCACGUUCGGGUUGUCAUCACUGCUGCACGUCUGGUCUGCCCCCUCCUCCUCGAGUUUAAAAGAGAUGCAAAGGCCUUCUUCCUUCCCAGACUUCAGAAUCUGGAAGUGCUGCUGUAUCAGUUGGAAAAAUACAUAAACACCACCCAGCAAAUUUGCAGAAAGUUAGAGAAAAGCUCCGUCUGUGACUUUUGCCUGAAGAUGCCGAUGGAAACUCUGGUUGACCUUGAUGUGGAUUUGUCUGAAGAUGACAUAGAGAGGAUGCUUUAUCACAUUAAUCAGCUUGAUGGAAUCAGGAUGGACCAGUGCUUCCGGAUAGCGUUCUUGUUUCCAAAGGAAACGUGUUCUGGCUUCAUCAGUGAGUUCAACCAGCGACAGCCCAGGAUGCAGCAGUUCCUAAAAGACCUGGAGGAGAUUGCUGAACAACUCGACAAAAUGAGUAAAGGGGCAAAGAUCUCCAGUGUGGCAGGCAGCUCAGUAGGGGCGGUUGGUGGUGUGCUUUCCAUUGUGGGUUUGGCGUUAAUUCCUGUAACAGCAGGGGUGUCUCUAGCUCUGACAAUGACAGGGGUAGGGCUGGGAAUCACCAGCGGAGUCAACAGCGCCGUCACCACAGCCACAGAGAUCGGAGUAAACGUUACACAACAAAAGAAAGCCAGUGAAGUCUUCCAGAACUUCAUGGAGGAUGUGCAGAGUCUCCAGAAUUAUCUGGAGGAGGUGACCAGUCAAACAGUCACCAAAAUGGAAGCAAGUAAGAUUGAUGUGGCUGUGGGAGUGGGCAAGAUUCUUGGUAAAGUUGGUGGUCUUGGAAAAAGCAUUGAUUCAUUGGCUGAUUUCACAUCUGGUGUUAAGUUAUUGCAAAGUGAAGAGCUGAUUGGAAGUGUUGGUAAGGUGGUGGCCGAGGAAGGUAAAGCUUUACGUAAUGUGCCCAGGGUGGCCUCAGAUAUCCCAGAUAUUGGUCAGGCAGCAGUCAAAGGGCCUCUCGCCUUCUCUAAGACUGCCAGGGCAGGUUUCAUCACAGUCAAUGCUCUUUUCCUUGGCCUGGAUAUCUUCUUCAUCUGUAAAGACAGCAUCAGUCUGGCCAAAGGCAGCGAGACUGAUAUGUCAAAGAUCAUCAGAGCUAGAGCUGCACUUUGGAGCUCAGAGAUAGAUUCAUGGGAGAAGAUCCGCGACUCUUUGUGUGAAAGCCUGUUAACAUUAGAGGCAAAACGGGGUGUCCUGGAGACACCGUUUUAUCCGUGAAGUAGAUCCAGAUCCAGACACAGAGAAACGGAUGUAAAAACGUAAUCCGAUCGUGUGGGUGGAAAAUGAAAAGGAAAACACGUCCGUGUUUAGUAAACACACAGACAGCACUGCAUCCACGGCAAGUCUCACAAUGUGCCUUCUUGAUAACUCUGAUUAAAGUCAAUGAAUCACGAAUGAAAAUCCAAUCAUGCUGAUAAACUGUAAAUCACUGAUCAAACAUAAUUUAAGUCUCUCUUCAAGGAAUUCUUAACGUUUGUUUUCUCAGGACGGAUUUUUUGAGGCAGUUAACACUUACAUGUGCACUAUGCUUUUUCCUUGGCUGAAUUUAUACCGUUUGUAAUACGAAGCUUGUCUCAUACAUAAUGGAUUAUAUUCGUCAUUCAGUGAUUCAUUUUAUUACGAGUUAAGAGAAGAUUAGUCAGCAUUUGUUUUACCAUGUGAUAAAAUUAACUGUCCUAUAAAAAAUACAUGAUUCAGUGUGUUGUAUAAGAACUUGUUUGUUUUGUUUCAUUCAAUGUGGACUUUUGCUUCAGACAUUAUAAUCAGUUUUCCGACGUUGAGGUGUCCAUGGAGGCACCUGCUUUACCCUUCUUUUUUGGUAAUGCCUUCAUUUCACAAUAAAACCUAUUUUUUGCCCGGAGUCAAGGGGAGUGCUGCAUGUUAUCAAAAAGAGAACAAUUUCCUGGUUAGGAUAUAUCAGUGCUCUGGAUCUCGGGUUUGACGAAGCGCUUAGUCUACUGGUAAUGAUCGACAUCGCAGUUGGAAUGCGUUAAAUUGUGUCUGAGGUCACAUAGCUGAUACUUGUUGCACCCAAGUAGCUUUCAUUUAACCACUCCUUUGUACAAGUGAAGUCUCCUAUUACCUGGAGAGGCAGGGGGUAAACCACCAUUUCAGACUCUUAACACAUUUCAUUUUGCGUCAUUUGGUGGACUCAGACAUAAAUGAAAGAAUUCAAAGUAUCAGGUAGACGGUGAAUCCUAAUCUCAUUUAAAAGUCUUUACAACGAAGUCUAGGCCACCCAAAGACC